UCUAGGUCACCAAUAGGAAGCGGAUUAAUUGACAUCUGCCAACCAUCGCUUUUAUCGCUUACAAUGCUCCUGGAGCCAUCCUUAUAUUCUAUUAAUAGCAUACUCAUCUUAGAUAGUGAAGGGAAGCGCAUUUUAACGAAGUAUUAUGACUCAUCGUUUCCAACUGUUAAGCUCCAACUCGAAUUCGAGUCGAAACUCUUCAAAAAAACAAGCAAAACUAAUGGCGCGGAAAUCACGUUGCUGGACGGCGCGACAUGUGUUUAUCGUAACGUGGGCGAUCUUUACUUUUAUGUUGUUGGGGAUGCUAACGAAAAUGAAUUAUUACUCGUCAGUGCCCUGCAGUGCUUGUACGAUUCUGUCAGUCAAGCUCUGAAACGAUCAGUCGAAAAGAAAACAUUGAUGGAUAAUCUAGAUUUAAUUUUCCUUAUAGUUGAUGAACUGUGCCAUAAUGGCAUACUGUUAGAGUCCGACGCAACCGCCUUAGUGUCUCGAGUUGGUGCAAGGACAGACGAUAUCCCACUUGGAGAGCAAACGGUAGCACAGGCUAUCCAAAAUGCAAAAGAACAAAUACGCAUGUCUUUAAUCAAGUAGUUCAGUGAAAAGCACAUACAUACUUAUUUUCACUGUUUUUUGAUGGGAACUAUGGGUCGGUAAUUGAGUACUAACUUUUGUAUCUACUUCAACAUUUGUCACAUUACAGUUGUUCAUAUUUAA